AUGCUCUUCUCUAAAUUUAUCGCCGGCAUCGCCCUCCUAGCCACCUCCCAAGUUCAGGCACUGCCUAACCCUGCAGCUGCAGUCCAAAGUUCAGGCGAUAAUAUCUUCGAUGCGCGCCAGCCCCUCCCUGCUAAAUUUGCUUUGCAUGUCUUUCAAGCCAUUUCAUCUUUGCCUCGAACCAAGCUACUAUUCCACUCUCGGAUUGGGCCUAUACCGGCCGUCCGGUUCGCCAAGCAAAAUGGCUUAGUGACGGUGGAGAUGGGUAUAGCAACAGCUAUUCAGAAGGAUAAGGAGUCUGGCAGGAACGAGAUAUUUGCGGAGCAUGCUUUCUUCCGCACCUCUUUGCUUCUUCCGCGGGGCUUUACUGCAGCGCCGAGCUCUUUCUACGUAAGAGAGGAGGAGCCUGUCUUACGGAAGAAUGGCGUUCACAUUGAUAUUAAGCACGUAUAG